UUCAUCUUGCAAAGCAUCUCCCAUUUGAUUCAUUAAAAAACAUACAGCCCAAGUUUUCACAUACAUUGUUCUUGUUUUUCUGUGAUCAUGGCUGACAAUUCGGUUUACCAGCAAGUCCCUAAGGCCGAUGAGCACUGCGAAAGCGUCACGGUUGUGAAGGUGGAGAGCAAUGUGGUGCUUUUGCCGGAGUGCAAGGAAGAGAAGAAGGAAACCAACUUCAGCAGUUCUUGUCAUGAAGAGAAGAAGACACAUGAGUUGAAGGAAAAGAUUGAGGAAAAAAUAGAAGAGGGAAAGGAGAAAAUUACAGAAAAGAUAUACGAUGGCAAACACAAAAUAGAACUUAAGGAGGACAUUGAGUGUAAGGUGGAAGAGGACAAAGAGAAAAUUAAGGAAAAAAUUGAAGAAAUGAAAGAAAAAAUCGACGAUAAAGUAGAUGAGGCCAAGUAUAAAAAAGAAGAACUUAAGAAAAAGGUAGAGUGUGAAGUGGAAGAGAUCAAAAAGGAAAUCAAGGAAAAAGAAUACGAGGCCAACUACAAAAAGGAAGAGCAUAAGGAAAAGCUCAAGGAAGAAGUAGACGAGAUCAAAUACAAAGUUGAAGAACUUAAAGAGAAGGUCGAGUGUGAAAUAGAAGAAGAUAAAGAGAAAAUUAAGGAAAAAAUUGAAGAAAUUAAAGAAAAAAUCGAAGAAAAAGUAGAUGAGGUCAAGUUUAAGAAAGAAGAACUCAAGGAAAAGCUAGAGUGUGAAGUGGAAGAGGCCAAAGAGGAAAUCAAGGAACAAGAAUACGAUGCCAAGUAUAAAAACGAAGAAAACAAGGAAAAGCUCAAGGAAGAGGUACAUGAGAUGAAGUACAAAAUAGAAGAAUUCAAGGAGAAUGUUGAGUGUGAAGUAGAAGAGGAAAAAGAAAAAAUUGCAGAGAAAAUCGAAGAAAUCAAAGAAAAAUUUGAGGAGAUCAAGUACAAAAAAGAGGAACUACACGAAAAGAUAGAGUGUGAAGUGGAAGAAGUUGAAGAAAAAAUCAAGGAAAAAGAAUACGAGACCAAGUAUAAAAAUGAAGAGCAUAAAGAAAAACUCAAAGAAGAAGUAGCGGAGGUCAAACAUAAACUAGAAGAAUUCAAAGAGAAGGUCGAGUGUGAAGUGGAAGAGGAUAAAGAGAAAGUGAAAGAAAAACGUGAAGAAAUCAAGGGAAAAAUUGAAGAAAAAUUAGAUGAGGCCAACUAUAAAAAGGAAGAAUUGAAGGAAAAGGUAGAGUGUGAAGUUGAAGAGGCCAAAAAGGAAAUCAAGGAAAAAGAAUAUCAGGCCGAUUACAAAAUAGAAGAGCACAAGGAAAAGCUCAAGAAAGAAGUAGAGGAGAUCAAAUACAAAGCUGAAGAAUUUAAGCAGAAGGUCGAGGGUAAAAUAGAAGAGGAUAAAGAGAAAAUUAAGGAAAAAAUCGAAGAAAUUAAGGAAGAAAUCGAAGAAAAAGUAUAUGAGGCCAAAUACAAAAAAGAAGAACUUAAGGAAAAGAUAGAGUGUGAAGUUGAAGAGAUCAAAGAGGAAAUCAAGGAAAGAGAAUAUGAGGCAAAGAACAAAAACGAAGAGCAUAAAGAAAAGCUCAAAGAAGAAGUAGAGGAGAUCAAAUACAAACUAGAAGAAGUUAAGGAGAAGGUCGAUUGUGAAGUAGAGGAGGAUAAAGAGAAAAUUAAAGAAAAAGUUGAAGAAAUUAAGGAAAAAAUUGAAGAAAAGGUAGAUGAGGCCAAGCAUAAAAUAGAAGAACUCAAGGAAAAGGUAGAGUGUGAAGUGGAAGAGGCCAAAGAGAAAAUAAGGGAAAAAGAAUACGAGGCUAAGUACAAAAAUGAAGAGCAUAAAGAAAAGCUUAAGGAAGAAGUAGAGGAGAUCAAAUAUAAAAUUGAAGAACUCAAGGAGAAGGUUGAGUUUGAAGUAGAAGAAGAAAAGGAGAAAUUGAAGGAGAAAAUAGAAGAAAUCAAGGAAAAGUUAGAAUGUGAAGAAGAGGAGCUUAAAGAGAAAAUCAUGGAAAAAGAAUAUGAGAGCAAGUACAAAAAGGAAAAGCUUAAAGAAGAACUCAAGGAAGAGGUAGAUGAGGCCAAGUAUAAAAUAGAAGAACUGAAGGAAAAUAUUGAGUGCAAAGUAGAAGAGGAUAAGGAGAACAUCAAGGAGAAGAUAGAAGAAUUCAAGGAAAAGGUUGAAGAAAAAAUAGAAGAUAUUAAGGAAAAAAUUGAGGAGCACAAGGAGAAGAAAGAAGAAGAGAAAGAAAAGAAAGAACUUAAGAAAAUUCUGAAUCAAGAGGAAGAAGCAUGUGUCUCUACAAAGCAAUACGAGGAAGUUGUUGUUCUCCUUCCAAAGCCAAGUUGCGAACCAGAUGAGAAAAAGGUCUUCACUAAGAAGGUCGAGGAGGAUUGUGUCGUUGCUCCACCACCACAUUCGGUAGUGUCACAUAACGAGUAUACCACUAUUGAAGCUGAACACAAGGAGAAGAAGGGUAUCUUUGAAAACAUCAAGGAGAAGAUAGAAGAAUUCAAGGAAAAGGUUGAAGAAAAAAUAGAAGAUAUUAAGGAAAAAAUUGAGGAGCACAAGGAGAAGAAAGAAGAUGAGAAUGAAAAGAAAGAACAUGAGAAAAUUCUGAAACAAGAGGAAGAAACAUGUAUUUCUACUAAGCAAUACGAGGACGUUGGUGUUCUCCUUCCAGAGCCAAGUUGCGAACCAGAUGAGAAAAAGGUCUUCAUUGAGAAGGUCGAGGAGGAUUGUGUCAUUGCUCCACCGCCACAUUCGGUAGUGUCACAUAACGAGCAUAUCACUGUUGAAGUUGAACACAAGGAGAAGAAAGGUAUCUUUGAAAAGAUUAAGGAGAAGCUUCACGGGCAUCAUCAUUCGAAGACCGAAGAAAAGAAGGAAAAGGCACAUUACUAGAGUUGAAACAUUUUCAGAUUUAUUGUUUGGCUUGCAAGAGUCAGUGGGUUUGUGGUGUUUAUUGUGUUUGUUAUUUGAUUUUGAUACUAAGUACAUUCUUAUGUGCUUAGGUAUGGGAUUUUUUCGGACUUUUUUAAUGUGUGUUUCUUAUAUAUGUCGAAAAUUCAUAAAAUUUGUAUAUUUCUGUAAUUGAUUGAAUAAAUAUGUUUUCGUUCCCGCA